AAAUCUAAUAAUGAGAAACAUAAAGGACAGAAUUAAUUAGGUGUUCCCAUCUAUGGCCUCAUCAAUUCAGAAAUGUUUUCUUUGCAGUGCUUUCCAGUGUUUUAUCAAAUUUAGCCUUAAAUAACUUCCCUUUCUGUGGGAAAAUAUAUUCUACUUUAUAUGGUAUUGCUGUUCAGAAAUGUUUUCUGAUGCUCAGCCUAUACCACCCUCUUCCCUGAGUUCAUCCCACCUUUUAAUUCAUGCCCUUAGAGUCAAGCUGUUUAAUUCCUCUCCCUCCUCUGUGAUUUACACUAUUGUCAUAUUUCUCAAGAGCUGUCAUCCAGCCAGGCCACCUUAUGUAGUUAUUUUGGUAUUUUUUCUGCCCUCUUUUAGAGGAUGUUGAAAUUUUUAACUUAGGAAGCAUAUUUAGCUGUAAAACAAGGACUGAUAUUUUGUUUAAGAGCAACUGAGAGUCUCUUUGUAGCCAGCCCUGUAUCUUUUUUCUUGACUUGUGAUUUCUGGUUUGGCUGGUUGGUUACAAAUGGUACUGCCAAUCACGAUUGCAUCCAAGGUGUUUUGCUAGAGCAAAGUUUCUUCUUCUCUUGAGUUUAUUUUUUGUCAUAUGUCAAUGUGCAUGUGAAUAUGCAUACAGAUGUGUGUAAGUGUGUAUGCAAGCAUGCACGCAGUCAUGUUGUGGUGGUAAAGGUUAUGCCCUUCAUCCCAGAUUCUCUGUGGUUCAGCGCUGGGGAUUGGUGCACAGCUAGCACAGUGCUCUGAGUUUUUUUUCUGAUUACCCAGUCCCCAUGUCUCAGGUAUACGAAAUCAAAGGCAUCCUGCUGCUUGGGAGCAUCCCAGUUCUUCUGCUCUCUGGAUUAUGGGCAUGGGUUUUCUUCUCAGGCGAUACCAGGAGCUAGCUCUACUCAGGUCAGGGACUAGUGCUUAAGUCCUUCCCUGAAAAUCCACUUCAGUAACCAUUUUCUUAUAAAUACUUCUUGUGUGAUUAUUUGCUAGAAGCAAUUCCUGGAUUAAAGUAUCAGUAGGUGUGGAAGUAUCAUGUGGCUGUAAAGUAGUGUGGAGCUGAUAUAAGAAAACAUGUUAUCCAAGGUAAGGUAGAAGUAGAAAGUUCUUGUGUAAUGUAUUGAAAAGGUGCUGUUGGGGAAAGGUAUGACCUCUGAUAAUGGGACAUGUGGAAGAAACUAAUAUUUUUAAUGUUUUUAGGGAAAGAAAAAUUAAGCAAAAUUUUGCUUUACAAUGGAUGUGUAAAUCAUCAAGGAUUAAGUGUAUUACAGUCCCUGAAGAGAAGAAACAAAGCACUGACUAAAGCUAACAGAGCUGAGGGAAGAUUAUCUGUGCUUGCAGAUUAUAAAAAAGUUCACAAUGGCAAUGCUGUGGAAGUUCAUGAGAGUAGCUAAAUAUUCGAAAACAGCUUUAUCACCAAAAGUAAAGGUAAGAGGAAUUCCCACCCAUUCAAGGCAUUCUUCAUCCAAGUCUGUACCUUCAGAUUUUGCUGCCAGUGCACCAUGCUCAAAUACUGUGGAACUGCUUGGUAAAACUUAUCCUCAGGAUGACUACAGCAAUGUCACAGAGAAGAUUCUUUCCAAGGUGGGGAAGAACUUGCACAACAGAAAACAUCACCCACUGUGGCUAAUCAAGGAGCAGGUGAAGGACCACUUCUACAAACACUAUAUAGGACGGCGUGGGACUCCACUCUUUUCUGUUUAUGAUGGUCUUUCUCCAGUGGUUACAGUACAGCAGAAUUUUGAUAGUUUACUUAUCCCUCAAAACCAUGCCAGCAGAAGGAAAGAGGAUAACUAUUACUUGAAUCGUGACCACAUGCUAAGAGCACAUACAUCAGCUCAUCAGUGGGACUUGAUACACUCUGGCCUAGACGCCUUUCUGGCAGUGGGAGAUGUCUACCGGCGAGAUACAAUCGAUAACACCCACUACCCAGUCUUCCAUCAGAUGGAAGGAGUUCGACUCUUCUCCUGUCAUGAGUUGUUCUCCAACAUUAAAGAUGGCGAAGGUUUACAGUUGUUCGAGCGAGGCCAUCGCACUGCCCACAAGCAAGAGUGUCACACCAUGGAGGCAGUGAGGCUGGUGGAGUUCAACCUGAAGCAAGUGCUCACAAAGCUCAUGACUCACAUCUUUGGUGACGGACUACAAGUCAGAUGGGUAGAUUGCUACUUUCCGUUUACUCACCCUUCCUUUGAGAUGGAGAUCAACUUCCAAGGAGAAUGGAUGGAGGUCCUGGGCUGCGGGGUCAUGGAGCAACAGCUUGUUAACUCAGCUGGUGCUCAGGAUAAAAUUGGCUGGGCAUUUGGCUUGGGUUUGGAGAGGCUGGCCAUGAUCCUGUAUGAUAUCCCUGACAUCCGACUGUUCUGGAGUGAAGAUGAACGCUUCUUGAAACAAUUUAUUGGGCCUCACAUUUGGCAAAAAAUAAAGUUCCAGCCACUCAGCAGAUAUCCACCUUUGAUCAAUGACAUCUCCUUUUGGCUGCCUUCUGAGACAUACUCUGAGAAUGAUUUCUAUGAUUUGGUUCGAACUGUUGGUGGAGACUUGAUAGAAAAAGUUGUCCUAGUGGAUGAAUUUGCCCAUCCAAAGUUCCAAAGAUCUGCAACCACUCCAUCCUACUAGAAUUAACCCAAAGGAAGACCCUUAGUCUAUGGCUUGGCUUUACUUUGUGCUUCAAUGUGGACAGUAUCUUCUUACUGUUUUACCCACCACUUCACAGAUGAGUGUGGUGCUUGAUGCUUUCAACCUGAAAGAAAUCGGUUUCUGACAUCACCUUAACCACAGUCUACAUAUGAUGAUGCUUAUUAAUAACUUCCAGUGUAGCACUAUUGCAUAGAAAACUAAGGAACCACCUCUGAUGUCUGGAAAUUUUGGUGGACACUUGUGUGAGUACAAGUUAGCCAGUCAUGGAACUGGGAGAAAACAUGGCUGAAGGAGUUUUUUCUGUGCAAUUCCUCUAAAACUGUCUAGACAAAAUAAUUUUUUCAGGUAGAACUUACGCAGCAAAAAACCCCCAGAUUUA